AUGAUCCGGGUUCAAAUAUUACCAAGCUCAAUUCAUCAGGGAUGUGUUAGCGAGGGAGGACACCACAACACUAUCUAUCUAUCUCAUUCUGUUCAUAUCUAUCUAUCUAUCUAUCUAUCUAUCUAUCUAUCUAUCUAUCUAUCUAUCUCAGUCUGUUCAUAUCUAUCUAUCUAUCUAUCUAUCUAUCUCAGUCUGUUCAUACCUAUCUAUCUAUCUAUCUAUCUCAGUCUGUUCAUAUCUAUCUAUCUAUCUAUCUAUCUAUCUAUCUAUCUAUCUAUCUUAGUCUGUUCAUAUCUAUCUAUCUCAUUCUGUUCAUAUCUAUCUAUCUAUCUAUCUAUCUAUCUAUCUAAUUCUGUUCAUAUCUAUCUAUCUGUCUAUCUAUCUAUCUCAUUCUGUUCAUAUUUAUCUAUCUCAUUCUGUUCAUAUCUAUCUAUCUAUCUAUCUAUCUAUCUAUCUAUCUAUUUAUUCAUUAUCUAUCUAACUUAUUCUAUCAGAAAAACUGUCUUUGUCUUUUCAUAUCUAUCUAUCUAUCUAUCUAUCUAUCUAUCUAUCUAUCUAUCUAUCUAUCUAUCUCAGUCGGUUCAUAUCUAUCUAUUUAUCUAUCUCAGUCGGUUCAUAUCUAUCUAUCUAUCUAUCUAUCUCUCUAUCUAUCUAUCUAUCUAUCUCAGUCGGUUCAUAUCUAUCUAUCUAUCUCAUUUGUUCAUAUCUAUCUAUUUAUCUAUCUCAGUCGGUUCAUAUCUAUCUAUCUAUCUCAGUCGGUUUAUAUCUAUCUAUCUAUAUAUCAGUCCAUUAAUAUCUAUCUAUCUUAGUUUGUUCAUAUCUAUCUAUUUCAGUCGGUUCACGUCUAUCUGUCUGUCUGUCAAUCUAUCUCAGUUUGACCAUAUCUAUCUAUCUAUCUUAUUUCAGUUGAGCUCCUCGGGGAGAAAAGCGAAUCUGUAA